AUGUUUAACACUCGACCCUCGCUCGAGCUAGAGGCGUCGGCCCGGCUGGAGGAGACAACGUGGGACGUGACGACACCCGCCGCGUCCGCGCACGCUUGCGCGGAGGAGGGCGGCGUGUUCGCGGCGGGCUCGGCGCUGGCGGGCCGCGCGGCGUGCGAGCGCUGCUACUGCCUGCGCGGCGCGCGGCGCUGCGUGCGCCCGCGCUGCCUGCCGCCGCCCCGCGCCUGCCGCGCGCGCCCCGCGCCCGGCGCUUGCUGCCCCGACCGCUACUAUUGCGAUUCCGACGUCAGGAACCUCACCACCGCCACACCGCUCGCCGCUCACGGACAACAUGAUUGCGAAGUAAACGGCAAAUGGGUCCCGGAGGGCGAGCGCGUGUCUGCACCGCGCGGCGACGAGUGCUCGUCGUGCUUCUGCCUGCGCGGGCGCGUGCGCUGCCAGGCGCCGGCGUGCGCGCCGCCGCUGCACGGCUGCGCGCCGCUGCUGCGGCCCGGCCACUGCUGCCCGCACCAGUACCACUGCCCGCAUUCACACCAUUCAGAUCCAAUGGCGUCUUUAAUACCGGCUAUACUAGACAAUGCCCUGGUCUCGACGAGGUUUGACGAGCGUUCGUUCCGCACGUCCGCAUCCACUAAGCCCGCUACCACUACUCACACCGUCGCGGCGAGCGCGCUCACCACACAGACCGCGUCCGCCGCCCCCGCGCCCACCACCAAAGUGAAGAGGAAGACGAAUGAUCCACCGCCGCCUGCCAUCACCCACAAACCUAGUCAAAAUUCCACCAAAACUACACCAUCUGCGACUACAGUGGCUACGGUAACUACGGAACCCACGACGACAACAGAGAGUACUGCAGCAACAGACAGUAAGUCGACAUCGACAGAGGGGUCGACCACCGCGCUAUAUCCCGAGCAGACGGCGACGGAGCAACCUGAGGGUUCGGUAAAGAUAAUAAUUAACGGCACUAUCAAUUGCACCGCCGAGCUGACGUCGACACCUAUGCUCACGACCGUGAACGAUACUGACAGAAUACAGGCGGAAGCUAACCCUCGGACCCCGUACGGAUCGGGCGACGGCGGCGUGGAGGCGCAGACGGCGAGCCCGUCGGACAUCAUCACGGACCGCGGCGUGGGAGCCGGCUUCGACGACGACGGCUCCUUCACCGUCAACGUGACCAGCUCGCUGCGCGCCAACACCUCGCGCCCGCUCGCCGCCGCCCCGCCCCGGCCCCCGCCCUCGCCUGACACGCCGCCUGACCCCGAGCACCCCCUCAAUAUUUCCAAAAAGACCAAAGAAGAUUAUGACUACGAUUACACGGAACCGACAUUGCCCCCUUCGUUGCCUAAUCUCAAAAUUAUUCCGUUCGUAGCGGCAGACGCGGUGGUCGAUGAAGAUGUAUCAUCCAAAGACGACAGCCUGUCGUACCCUGCGCUGGAGAGGGAAGACAAGUUCCCGGUGUACUACCCGGGCGCGGCGGCGGGCGCGGGCGCGGGCCGCGAGGCGACGGUGCUCGCGACGCGGCGCGAGGACGUGCUCGGCCCCACGCAGUACCCGGUGUUCAUGGCGCCGGCUGACGUCAGCUCGCUGCCCGGGGCCCCCGCGCCGCCGCCGCCCGCCGCCGCCACCAGCCAGCCCGCCACCAAGCCCGCCACCACCACCACCACGCGGGGGGACACGAUAACAACACCUGCACUUAAUUUAUUCUCACCUCCCGUUGAGACAGAAGGCGGCUUCAUCCCGAAAGGACCAGGCAUCAUCGCCGAGUACUACGCCGUAUACCCCAGCACGCCGCCGCCCGCACCGCACCUCACCACCUCCAUGCAGAUCAACCCCAUCAACACCAAAAGCGAGUGCGUGUCGAGUGACGGGCAGCGCAUCCCGGCGGGCGGGUCGGUGUGGCGCGGCUGCUCGGUGUGCGCAUGCGCGUGGGGCCGGCUGGCGUGCGCGCCGCGCCGCUGUGCCGCGCCGCCGCCGCUCUGCCGCCGCCGCGCUGCCACGCGGACGGACCACGACCUCUGCUGCGGGGAGAUCGUCUGCGAUUACGACAAUGCAACGACAUCGGCGCCCAUACUGUCGACACGCAGGACGGAGAUCACGUUGAAUGUAACAAAAAUCCCGAUUGAAAUUGAAUCGGACUUGAUUCCGUUCGACCCGCCGCCGGAUCGCAGUGUGCCCGCGGUUAGCGACGAAGACGCUCACGGACACAAACAUACAGACAUGAACAAGUUAGACGACAUCACUGCAUCCAUUCCGACCACCGAAGGCAAUGCUUUCACAACACCGAGUGGAGAAACAGUCAAACAAGUACCGACGAAUGAAACAUCGACCACACCGACCCCCACGGUGAUGUCGAGCACGGUCUCCACGGUGACUACUUCGACCCCGACCCCCGACCACAAGGAGGCCAACGACACCAGCGGCCAGUCGCAGGAGUAUGAGGACGAGGACGACGAUGAAGGAUUCUCAUUCGGCAGCGUGUUGAAACUGCUCCUGAGUGACAGUUACGACACGACCCCGGUAUCGGCCAGCAAGAAGAGACCGGCUACGAUAGCAGCCAAGCAGCCGGCCACCACUUCUACCACCGUCACCCCGACUCCCACCUCACCCCCGCCGAGCAGUUUCAAGCCGCCGCCUACGCCUACAUUGGUACCGUUCAUCCCCAUACAGCCUCAUCCGUACCUGCCAUCGAAGAAGCUACUUCCGCAGAACAUGGUCAACAGGAUCGACCAUUUGGUGCUGGGCGAGGCGACGGCCAUCAAGCGCACGACGUCGCGGCCAGCCAGCUCGCCACCUCGGAGGCUCCCCGCCCGGCCCAGCACGCGCAAGCCCACGACUACCCCCCGCGCCGCCGCCGUCACCACCAGUAGGGAGCCGCCGGAGUACGCGCCGGCCGCGGCCGCCGAGCCGGCGCGCCCGGUGUCCACCGUCACCAGCGGCGGCGGCGGCGGCGGCGGGCUGCUCAAGCUGGCGGGCUGCAACAUCUACGGGCGCAUGUACCGCGUGGGCCGCAUCAUCGCGGAGCUGUCCACGCCGUGCCAGGAGUGCCGGUGCACCGAGCUGGGCGUACAGUGCAUGCCGCUGCACUGCUGACGUCCACAGCUUCGUACCGCUACCAACUAGUGUUGCCGAAUAAUUGAUUAUUGAUUAAUCGAUUAUGGACCCCCUAAAUAAUCGAUUAUUGGUCGAUAUACAGCCGAUUAUCGGGCAACACUACUUCCAACACAAAUUGCAUUUAUUGUGAGCGAAUGAUGUGUAUUGUGUGAAUGAUCGAUGUAUGCACUUAGAUAAUAGGAAAAUAAUAUACGUAUUUAUUUAGCAAUAAACAUACCUACUGCAACAGCAGCCGUCGGCAAUGAUCUCAUACGUAGAUUUUCCAUAGAUACGAAACAUUUUUUAUGCAGGCGCAUUUGUUACGGCCGUUCAUAGGGCCCCUUGCCCUAGAGUUGGUAGCAAUCCCAGAGCGCACCCUGCAGUAAGCUGAGGGGACGCCGGGCGCAGGCGCGCGCGUCGCCCCAUCCUGCCUCGAUAUCACUCAACUCACAAAGUUAUAUGUUUACCUAAUACAUGAUGUUUUGUGUCGUAUGAAAAUGUCAAAUAAAUAAUAUUGAAUAUAAAUAAUUAAAAUCAAAAUAUAAUACGUUUCCUUCAGAGUUUCAGAGGGACGAAAACAAUAAAUUGGAAUUUUCCUUGGUGUUUCCCAGAAAUAUAAAUGAUGUCCAGUCACCUAUUGGACUUGAUGGACUAAUUAUACGCAAUGAUGAUAAUCGUUACUACCUGGUCCGUUAUUUCUAUCUGAUAGGUACAGAUAUCAAGCACACACCCGUGUCGCCGAGUGAGGUGGCCGAAGCCCCAAGAAGAGGCCGCCCUUAUAUUCAGCUCACAAUCAUUUAGUUUACUUAGUUACUAGGCCCAAAAUAG